CCAGAGGGUCAGUAGGGGAAUUCACUGGAGUGUUUGAAGGUCUCGAGUGUAGCAUUUAUCGCCUUUUUAUCGCUAAAAAGGCAAUUUCAAGUGUUUUAUUUCACAAUAUUCAAUCAGUCAAGUCCUCAGGCACACGACAAGUACAAGUGCUUGGCAAUUCAGUGUGAAAAUAGAGAGAAAAACAGGUGUUAUUCCACAUAUUUUGCCCCUCCCGACAGAAUUGACCAGUGCAAAAUGAGACUGAGCAAAGUUGAUCCGAGUUCUUUCUCGAACGCCGAUGAAAUCGUCACGACGCAUGUCAAGCUGGAUUGGACGGUGGACUUCCAGAGGAGUGUCUUGAGCGGAAGCGCGGAGAUUUCGAUGAAAAUCACGGCGACUCAAAUCGACCAAAUCUUCUUGGACGUCAGCGAUCUCAAGAUCUCCGGUGUGAGUCUCGUGCAGCCGGCAGGAUCCUUCCCGGUCACGUUCAGCGUGUCGGAUUUCACGGAGAACAUCGGAUCGAAGCUCACGAUCGAUCUGCCCACGAUGACGUCUGGGAAAGUGACGCUGCUGGUGGAAUACGAGACCUCGCCAAAGGCCAGCGGCCUGCUGUGGCUCUCCAAGGAGCAGACACUGGGCAAGGAGCAUCCCUACCUCUUCAGCCAGUGCCAAUCCAUCCACGCGCGCUCGCUCAUGCCCUGUCAAGACACGCCGGCCGUGAAGUUCCCGUACUCGGCCAGAGUGCGCCAUCCGGAGGAGCUCGUGGCGCUCAUGAGCGCCAUCCAGAGCGACAAGCAGAAGGGCGUGACGAGCUUCGAGCAGACAGUGCCGAUUCCCAGCUACUUGCUGGCCAUCGUCGUGGGAGAUUUGGUCAGCGAAGACUUGUCGCCGAUCACCAGAGUGUGGGCGGAGCGUGAUUUGGUGCGUGAGGCCGCGCAGGAGUUCAGCGAGACGAGCGUUUUCCUGGAGAAGGCCGUGGAGAUCUGCGGUCCGUACGUGUGGAAGCGCUACGAUUUGCUCGUGAUGCCGCCCAGCUUCCCGUUCGGCGGCAUGGAGAAUCCCUGUUUGACCUUCGUCACGCCCACAAUCAUUGCCGGCGACAAGUCGUUGGUCAGCGUCGUGGCGCACGAGAUCUCGCACUCGUGGACGGGAAAUCUGGUGACGAACAGGAACUUCGAGCACUUCUGGCUCAACGAGGGCUUCACGGUGUUCGUGGAGGACAAGAUCAAGGGCGCAAUCAAUGGGGAGGCGUUCAGGGACUUCUACUCCUUGCUGGGUCUGAGUGAGCUCAAGGACUGCAUGAAUGUGCAGCUGAAGGACAAGCCGGAGAUUCAGAAGCUGGUGCCGGAUUUGACGGAGUUGUCGCCAGACGACGCGUUCUCCACGGUGCCGUACAUGAAAGGAUCGACCUUCCUGCGAUAUCUGGAGAAUCUCUUCGGCGGACCGAGUGUCUUCGACCCCUUCUUGCGCUUCUACUUGAACAAGUACAAAUUCCAGUCGAUCGAGAGCAAUGACUUCAAGAGCACCGUUUUCGAGUACUUCCACGAGAACAAGUACAGCGAAAUCCUCGCGCAGAUUGAUUGGGACAAGUGGUUCUUCAGCCCUGGCAUGCCGCCAGAAGUGCCGGCUUACGACACGAGUCUCGUGGAUGCGGCUCAGAAGCACGCACAGCUGUGGAAGGACUCUCAGGAUAUCCAUGAGAUCGAGAACUCGCCGCUCUUGCAAACGCCGCUGUCCAGUCUGCAGAUUGUGGAGAUGCUGUCGAAGUUGCUGGAUCAGAAAGUCGUCUUCGGCAGCGACAAACUGACCGCCUUCACGAAGGCUUACAAGUUCGCCGAGACGAGGAACUCGGAGAUCAGAUUCAGAUACUUGAGAAUGUGCAUUUUGGCGCGCAAUUUGGACUCACUCGACGACAUCUUCGCCUUCGCCAACAGCAACUUCCGCAUGAAGUUCACGCGGCCGCUCUACAAGGAGCUCUCCCAAUGGCCGGAGGUCCGUGAGCGCGCCAUCGAGAGCUUCCAUCAGCACAAGGACGAGAUGAUGAGAACGUGCGCCGUCCAGGUGGCCAACGACAUGGGAAUUGCGGUCUAACAAUGAUACAAUAAAUUUAUUAUGCAAUCAAA